AUGGAGGCCCUAAGCAGAUUGAUGAGCAAGGCUACUAAGUUGGGGUCUUUGAGAGGCUCUCAGGUGGGCAGGGAUGUUGCUCCCCAGUUGGAGGUCUCUCAUUUGAUGUUUGCCGAUGAUACUUUGGUUCUUUGUAAUGCGAAUGUAUCCCAGCUUCGUUAUCUGAGGUGUGUCCUGAUCUGGUUCCAAGUUGUUUCUGCCCUUAAGGUGAAUGUGGGUAAAAGCAUUUUGGUGCCGGUGGGAGAGGUUCCUGAGAUUGAGUUUUUUGCUGAUAUUCUUGGUUGUCGUACUGGCUCUUUUCCCAUUUCUUACUUAGGGAUGCCUUUGGGGGCCCCAUCAAGAUGUGUUGGGGUUUGGGAUCCUGUGGUGGAUAGAUUUGAGAAGAGGUUGGCGGGUUGGAAGAAGCAGUAUCUCUCCAAGGGAGGUCGGGUCACUCUGAUUACGAGCACGCUUUCUUGCCUUCCUACUUAUUUUAUCUCUGUGUUUCAGAUUCCCUCUUCAGCUGCAGAAAGGAUUGAGAGAUUGUAA